AGACAAAAAACCAAUAAUCAGUGGAAAGCAACCAAAAUGUGAAUGCCAAAACACUCAUAAAAUAUUACAAUUCAAAAGAAAAUUCACUAGGGAAAAAAAAAAAAAGAAAAAGGAAAAUAAAGUUAUGCUUGCAAAGCUUGCAACAUCAUUCAGUGGUGCAAAUUAAAGUCUCCAUGUAUGCUAACAAGCUGUAAAACAAGAGAAUGAACAUAUUAUGAUAACGUAUUAACCAAUGCAAUUGGAAAUUGGGAGGUAAUUGGCAAAGUAUCUAUAUAUAUCUAUCCACAGGAUGCUAACAUGCAAGUCACAACACUAAGAUAGACAUGUAAACAACAAUAGAAACAUCUUUACAAUUAUUUAAAAAAUAUAUAAAAAAAAAAAAUACUAUACCACAUAUUUAUUCAUCAGUUGAAUAAUACUCCUUAACCAGCCACACCCAAUCCCCUUGGUCAACAGGUUUAGGUAUGUUUGUCAACGCAUCUUGUAAAUUCUUGCUCAAAUGUUUAUCUCCAAUUUGCCCAUAAACUUUUUCAUGUGCUCAAGUUUUUCAACUUUGUAUAAGUCCAUCAUAUGAGGAUGUCUGAACUUAUCCUAUAGAAGACCAAAAGCAUGUCUUGUUAAAUAACAUAAAGGGGAUGAAAUAAGUUAAAAGGCUAUUUAUGAUAUCUUCAUAGCUGCCCACAUGUAUCCUUUGGCUUCAUUCGCAAUCUCUUCCCAUUAAUGAACCUGUACUAGACAAAUAUUAGGGUCACGCACAAUUUCUCAAUGGUACCUAUUGUCCUUGUUUCUUCAGCUUCCAAUAUUAUGUUCUUGAAAUAAAAAAGGCUGUUAAACUAUAUAAUAAUCAAGUUAUAAGAAGCUAAAUAAAUGAAUGGCGAAUAU